AUGCAAGCUCAAUUUGUGGAAAUCCGCGUGACUGAGGAAAAGGGCCGAGCGGUCUUCGCAAUCAAAAAGAUUCCUCGAGGAACCAAACUCUUUUACGAGCCCCCCUUCUUUCUAUUACCGGCAGAAACAGAGGAACAGCCAUGGACAGACGAUUUCAUCAAGGCAGAAGGAGACAAGCAAGGAAUGACAGCUGAGAAAUGGGCAAAAUUUAAGGGGCUGUAUAAUUGUUUUCAUGAUGAAGAAAAUAUAGGGGCUACUUACCACGGUCGCGUGUUGACGAAUGGAAACGAUAUUGAAAAAAAAGUCAAAGACACACCAGACAUCCCGUUUAAGGUUACAGCGAUCUACGACUCCUUUUCGAUGAUCAGCCACAGCUGCGCGCCCAAUUGCACCCAAUCUUAUGUCCAAGAAACAAGCGAAAUGAGAGUAUACGCGAACAAAGAAAUCGAAAUCGAUAAAGAAAUUACGAUCAGCUAUCUUGGGGAAGAUAUGUUCGGUGAAGACCGCAAGCAAAUCCUAAAACAGCGGUUUAAAUUCGACUGUACAUGCCGCUUAUGUAAAGUAACUGGAACUGCAUUGACCGAACAGAUAGCAAAGUUUGCUGAGAUCGACUCACUUGUUGAACAUAGUCGAUUCAAUGCCCGGGAAGUUAUUCUUGCAGACCGACAAGCUUACCUUAACAAGUUGAAAGAUCUCCUGUUUUUUCUCAUUUCAGGAGAUCUGGGAGGUGGUACACAACGGAGGGUCUAUCGCAAUGCAACGAAGAUCAUGGCUAUCCAAGGCACAUCGUGCACACCUCAAAUGAUGGAGUUCGGUCGGUUAUGGUACGACUAUACUCGCGCCCUGUUCGGAGAGGGAAACGAGACGGCUGAGGUGAACGAACUUUGUCGAGAUUGGUCUGAGGAAAAAGGGCACGAAGUCCGUGCUAGCUGGCCCUCUAGUCGACUUCCCUUGAAAGACCCCUUGAGCGAGACCGAGGAAUGGCUUUGGAAGAUCAAGUGA